AUGGUCUUCUCAAAUCUCCAGCCGCAUGAGAAGGAUGCAUUCUUCGCUUUGCUGGACGAAACAAAGUCGGUCCAUGUGGAACUUCGUGGCACACUGACCGCCACUGCUCGCCGCAGAUACUUCUCCUCUCGCCCAGAUCUUUUAAGUCAUGCAGGCGGCGGCGCAGGCGCGGAUGCUGGGCACGCUGCUGCUGCGUCGGCACUCCAGCAUGCGUUCAGCAAGACGACCCCGCAACAGGCUGCAUCUACGAUUAGUGGCUUGAAAAAGUCUAUGCCGAAUCUCAACUAUCCCGCAUCCAGCAGUGCUGAGGAUGUGAACAGCAGUUCGGUCAGCGGUCGUGUCGCAGCAGCAGCAGCUGCGUUCAACUCCUCUGGUGCUCCUAUUCCCCGUCCGCCCCCUCGAAGAGGAGCCACUUCCACGAGCUCCGAGGAGCAGGCUGAGACCAACAAGCUUGUACCCCAUAAGAAAUUUGGCGAUGUCGAUAUCUCUUCCGGACCGGCCAUGUUCUCCUCUCUCCGUCACUCAACAGCGAACAAGACUGCGACGGCGCCCGAACCGAUACUCCCACCUGCAUUCUCGGCUAGGAAGAACAACUUCGCGCCACCACCAGUUCGAAGGCUGGAUGCGACGACUGCGACUGCAGCAACGACUCCCUCACCACCGCCGCCGCCGCCGCCGCCGCCACCGGUGAGGUCUCGGCAGCAGGAGCCGGAAGGAGAGCCGGCGGAAGCACUGUAUGACUACUCGAGCGAGGAUCCAGGCGAUCUCGAAAUUACCGCGGGUCAAAGGCUUGUCAUUAUUGAGAGAACAUCGGACGACUGGUGGACUGGAGAGAUGGACGGCCGAAGAGGACUCGUUCCUGCCGCAUACGUCAAGGUAUUGUGAUGACGUGAAUGAGGCGACCAUCGUCUCUUCUGGCAACCAGCACAGUGACUGUUUCCGCCCUUCGAAUGUACCGGUCCGCAUCGCUCGCGCCAUAUCGUACAGACUGCAUUUGAAUGUCAUGGACUUCAGUCAGGAUUUCGAUACAUGCUGGGGCACGUGUCAGGCUGUCAUACUGCUCGUACUCGGUACGAGUGACUGAGAAGGGCAUGCUAGUCAGCCUCUGCUGGUUUUGGGAGCCCGGUCAGAUACGAAAUGUAGGCUAUAAAUUAGUGCAGCUAGACUGAUCCCGCUGCAC